GAGGAUGCAAGCAAGAGCCGUGCUGCUGUUCGUCUCCCUGCUAGCAUGCAGCCUGCAGGAGAACGUCGCUCGCCAUUUCGCUGAUUGCCUCACAGAAUGCGUGAAGUCCUUGGGCGACGACGAGCUCGAUCAUACACGGCUAUUUGCAUGCUCGUCGAGCUGUAAAGAAGAGAAGAAUGAAGAUGUGGUUUCAGAUCCGUUUUCUAUCAACUUGCCGAACCCUGAAAGGAGCUCAAAGAAACAAUCAGAGAAGAAACAGAGCAAGAAGAGGUCAAAAGCAGAUGCAAACCAGAGAUCAUCAAAGGAGAAAUCAAAGAACGUGAAGGUCGAGAAAACCUCGAAGAAUGUCGAAAGGGCCAAAAUAAAACGAGAAGAAGGUGACAAUACGGAGUCUUCCUACAAGGGUGCAAGUACAGCGCACGAUCAGCAUCUUGAGGAGGCAGGAGGAGUCCGCCUUUUCCUCUCUCCGGGCUCUGGUGCAGGCGAAGCGACGGAGAGCAACACAUGGGAAUGGACCUCCGUCCCUGCCGAGAAGUGGGCAGCAGGCAACAGUACAAUGUCGUUUGCUCCUUCCAGCGUCUCCGCAAUUUACGCCAGCCAAGUGCUGCAGACAUUUCAUUAUACAUUAGAUGACGAGGUGCAACGAAUCUUGAAAUCAUGGUACAACCUUCUGGAACCAGGAGGCAAGCUGUAUCUUUCAGUUCCGGACUUCCCUACUCUUUGUUGGUUGUAUCUGGCUCCGUCAAUAAGCAUGAACGGCCGUUUCCGAAUUUUACAAAUGAUGAUGGGGAAUCAAGAAAAUCGUUUCAAAGUGUCGAGAAGUGGAUUUGACAUCCAAUUCCUGGGAUAUCACCUCAACGAGGCUGGUUUUUCAGAGUUCGAACGCGUUCCUGAGUUCAAUCUUUUCAAUGACGAGUCUUCAAGGAAGAUGGGCUCCACAUAUGUAAAUUUGAAUGUAAUUGCCUACAAGCCCAGCGGUGAAAGUUUCGAUCCAACAAUCCACUAACGGGCUCGGAGAACUGCCAGUGUAAAUGGAAAAGCUCUACAAGCGAGUAAACUUGGAACUUCCC